UCUUAAAGAUGGUUUCAUCCAAAUAUUACUGGGGUGGAGGCAGAAAACCUGCUGUUAACAAGAGGAGUGGAUGGCAGCUUUCUGGCACGACCCAGCAAAAGUAACCCAGGAGACUUUACGCUCUCUGUUAGACGAACUGGGGCUGUCACCCACAUCAAGAUCCAGAACACAGGAGACUACUAUGACCUCUAUGGAGGAGAGAAGUUUGCUACGUUGGCUGAGUUAGUCCAGUAUUAUAUGGAACAUCAUGGACAGCUCAAGGAAAAGAAUGGGGAUGUUAUAGAGUUGAAAUACCCGCUGAACUGUGCUGAUCCUACGUCUGAAAGGUGGUUUCAUGGGCAUCUCUCUGGAAGAGAAGCUGAAAAGCUAUUAACAGAAAAAGGAAAACAUGGAAGCUUUCUUGUGCGUGAGAGUCAGAGCCACCCUGGGGACUUUGUUCUUUCUGUCCGGACAGGAGAUGAUAAAGGAGAGAGUAAUGAUGGGAAAUCUAAAGUGACACAUGUCAUGAUUCACUGCCAGGAUCUAAAAUACGAUGUUGGUGGAGGGGAGAAAUUUGACUCUCUGACAGAUCUAGUGGAGCAUUACAAGAAGAACCCAAUGGUAGAAACUUUGGGCACAGUAUUGCAGCUCAAGCAGCCUCUGAAUACUACCCGUAUUAAUGCUGCAGAGAUUGAAAGCAGAGUGCGAGAGCUAAGCAAGCUAGCAGAGACUACAGAUAAAGUCAAGCAGGGCUUCUGGGAAGAAUUUGAGACCCUGCAGCAGCAAGAAUGCAAACUUCUCUAUAGUCGUAAAGAAGGUCAGCGGCAAGAAAACAAAAACAAAAAUAGAUAUAAAAACAUUUUACCCUUUGAUCAUACCAGAGUUGUUCUACAUGAUGGUGAUCCAAAUGAACCUGUUUCAGACUAUAUCAAUGCUAAUAUUAUUAUGCCUGAAUUUGAAACCAAGUGCAACAACUCAAAGCCAAAAAAAAGCUACAUUGCUACCCAAGGUUGCCUACAGAAUACAGUGAAUGAUUUUUGGAGGAUGGUGUUUCAGGAGAACUCACGAGUUAUUGUUAUGACAACGAAAGAAGUUGAAAGAGGAAAGAGUAAGUGUGUCAAGUACUGGCCUGAUGAAUAUUCCCUAAAGGAGUACGGUGUUAUGCGUGUUAGGAACGUUAAGGAGAGUGCCGCACACGAUUACACGCUAAGAGAACUUAAACUUUCUAAAGUUGGGCAAGGGAACACAGAAAGAACAGUCUGGCAAUACCACUUCAGGACUUGGCCGGAUCACGGAGUCCCGAGUGACCCUGGUGGUGUGCUGGACUUUCUCGAGGAGGUGCACCAUAAGCAGGAGAGCAUUUCUGAUGCAGGACCAGUUGUGGUCCACUGCAGUGCUGGGAUUGGGCGAACAGGAACUUUCAUUGUGAUUGAUAUCCUUAUUGAUAUAAUCAGAGAAAAAGGUGUGGACUGUGAUAUCGAUGUUCCAAAGACCAUUCAGAUGGUGAGAUCGCAGCGGUCAGGGAUGGUGCAGACAGAAGCACAGUACAGGUUUAUUUACAUGGCAGUACAGCACUACAUUGAAACGCUACAGCGCAGAAUUGAAGAGGAGCAG